GGUCAGCAGUGUCAUGUCAGCAACAGUGCCACAUCAGCAGUGCCACGUCAGCCACAGUGCCACGUCAGCAGUGCCCUGCCACCAUGACGGGCUCAGUUCUGGGCAUGCCAGGCCAACUGACAAAUGAGUCCAUUGCCGAGUACCGACAACGUUUUGCAACUCAGCUCGCACUAAUCGCAACUGAGGAGCAGCGCCAGCUGGUAGCCGAGGUUGUCCGCCUACAGGUUGAAGCGGCGGCAACAGCUAAGAAGCAGCAGCUUCAGGCCGAAGCAUACGCAGAUACCCAGGCACACCGCAAGGAAGCCCAGGAUCUGCUACAGCGGCAUGAAGCCACCAGCAUCGAAAAGCUCAAGUUUUGGCACUUUGAACCAUCCGAGGAGCACGACGGCGCGACACUGGAGGAGCAGCACAAGGAAUUCAUGGCCAAACUCUUGACCAUGCUGGUUUACACUUGUAACCACCUGCAGUCCGAGCUGGCGAACCUCCAGCAGGCCGUACGAAACCACAAUGCUCAACAGGAGGAUGCAGCACGGACACUUGAUUCCCGUGUACAGGACUUGGAGCAAAUUGCACCAAGACCGGAGGCUGGCGAGUCCAACAAUGCACCCUCUGCCCACCAAUUGGAAGAACGAGUUGACCACGUAGUCACAAUGCUCGGCGACAUCAGUACCUUCGCUGCACCAGCCACCAUCAGCAGCCAGCUGGACACCUUGAAGACCGAGGCUCAGCAACUGCAGCUGCCAAACAAGGAUGGCAACAUCGUGCAACACUACAAGAUGCCGACAUUCCAAAUUGAGAAGUUCGAUGAUUAUACGCAUCAAGACCCAGUCCUCUCGUGGGAGGGCUUUACAACGCAACUUCGGAUUUUGUUCGUCGCCAAACACGCGUACAUCGGCGCCCUGUUCUUCAACUCAAAGGGCGGAUGCCAUAUCUGGUUGAGCCACCUGGCAACCGUCCACGACGUCGACGUCGCUGACCUGAAAGAUAAGAUCUCUUGGGAAGAGUUAACACGACUAUGGAAGAAGCGGUUCAUUGUGGACGACGCCCCGACGCUCGCCAUCAACCGCCUCUUCGCUAUGACGCAAGGCAACACAACAACACACGACUGGCUCACGGAAUGACAAAAGAUCGCGGCGACGCCGGAUCUCGAAUUGCCAUUUUCGCAUUUGCGCCGAGAGU